AUGGAUGAGCCAGAUUUUGAUCUGGAAGGUGUCGAGAAGGAGGUCCUGAAGGUGGGCUGUUUUGAGUCGUUGCCGGAACUAGACGAGGACGUCUGGUUGCUUGGCGUGGUUCUGGCGAACCACUCGGUUAGCGUUUUUGGCUUCAAAAACGUGAUGCGUGAGUUAUGGCAAACCAGGAACUGCUUGGAGAUCCGUCAUGCUGGACAAAAAAUUUUCACGUUCAAAUUCACGUCACCAAAGGACAGAGAUCUGGUGUUGAAAUCAGGGCCAUGGUGUUUUGAACGCCAUUUGUUGGCUUUGAACACUUACGAUGGAAAGAGUGACCCAAGGAGCGUGGAGCUAUCAAUGGUGCCUUUUUGGAUCCAGGUUCAAGGGUUACCAGUGGCGGGGCGUACGGAGUCUAUUGCUAGAUCGAUUGGGAAUGCUUUUGCUGGAUUUAUCGACUGGGACAAGUCCGAGGCAAGUAAGUACGGGUCUUUCUUCAGGUUACGUGCAUGGGUGCAAGUUGAUGUGCCGCUACGCCGAGGCCAAAUGAUAGAACCAGAGAAGGGAGACCCAAUAAAACUCCGAUUCAAAUUUGAGAAACUCAUCAACUUUUGCUACAGGUGUGGCCGUAUGGACCAUGUCCAGAAGGAGUGUGGCUAUGAGAUCCAAAAGGGUGGGUUCCCGUUUGGGCCCUGGCUUCGUGCGGAGGGGAACAAGCUUCUGGUCCCUAGGUGGAGGCCUGGUGGUGGGCAGUCCCGUGACUCACGCGGGGAGGGCUGUUCAGGUGAGGGAGAGGUUGAGGGAGGGGGGACGGGUGAGGAUGAGAGCGGGGUGGGGGAUGGGUCAGGUGAGAGUGGUGAUGGUGGUGAUGGUGGGGUCUCGGGGGAGGGGGUGAGGGAUGAAGGGAAAAGAAGUGAGGAGGGGGGUGGGUCCUCGGGUGCAGUAACAGAAGAGAACAAGAAGGGAGAAGGGGAGAGGGGGAAGGGGAAAGAUAGUGGUAAGCUAGUGAUUGGAGGCGGUAGCUCUAGGGGUGGUCAUGGGAACAAACAUGAGAAAGAUGAGUUCAAGUUUACCAGCCCUCAUCAUCGUGGUCAACGAGGUGGGGGACGACGUGGGGGUACCCGUGGAGGCUACCCACGUAUGGCAGGAGGAGACCGAGAAGUGUUGGACAAGGAGAAGGUGAUUAGGAAAAGGUCGUGCUCUUCUUCCCCUUCCGGUAGCGGCACCGGGUUUACUCCUCCGCUGAAGAAGGUGGUUUCUGACAAUGUUUCUGAUAAUGGAUUGGGAUCGGCGGCGGCUGCGGUGCAGCCCCGCCCACCUCAAUGA